UUGGUCAGUCCCGCACUUUUUCCUGUCGCUUAUUGUCGCCUGGACUACAACCGCGAGCUGCACGCCGAGCUGCAGCCCUACGUUUGGGAGCUGUGCGCCGUGCUGGCGCUGCUCACCGCCUUCCUGCGCUGGCUCGGUCAGUCCCGCACUGUUUCCUGUCGCUUAUUGUCGCCUGGACUACAACCGCGAGCUUCACGCCGAGCUGCAGCCCUACGUGUGGGAGCUGUGCGCCGUGCUGGCGCUGCUCACCGCCUUCCUGCGCUGGCUCGGUCAGUCCCGCACUGUUUCCUGUCGCUUAUUGUCGCCUGGACUACAACCGCGAGCUUCACGCCGAGCUGCAGCCCUACGUGUGGGAGCUGUGCGCCGUGCUGGCGCUGCUCACCGCCUUCCUGCGCUGGCUCGGUCAGUCCCGAACUGUUUUGGUUGUCGCCUGGAAUACAACCGCGAGCUGUACGCCGAGCUGCAACCCUACGUGUGGGAGCUGUGCGCCGUGCUGGCGCUGCUCACCGCCUUCCUGCGCUGGCUCGGUCAGUCCCGCACUGUUUCCUGACGCUUUUUGUCGCCUGGACUACAACCGCGAGCUGCACGCCGAGCUGCAGCCCUACGUGUGGGAGCUGCGCGCCGUGCUGGCGCUGCUCACCGCCUUCCUGCGCUGGCUCGGUCAGUCCCGCACUCUUUCCUGACGCUUAUUGUCGCCUGGACUACAACCGCGAGCUGCACGCCGAGCUGCAGCCCUACGUGUGGGAGCUGUGCGCCGUGCUGGCGCUACUCACCGCCUUCCUACGCUGGCUCUGUCAGUCCCGCACUGUUUCCUGUCGCUUAUUGUCGCCUGGACUACAACCGCGAGCUGCACGCCGAGCUGCAGCCCUACGUGUGGGAGCUGUGCGCCGUGCUGGCGCUGCUCACCGCCUUCCUGCGCUGGCUCGGUCAGUCCCGCACUGUUUCCUGUCUCUUAUUGUCGCCUGGACUACAACCGCGAGCUUCACGCCGAGCUGCAGCCCUACGUGUGGGAGCUGUGCGCCGUGCUGGCGCUGCUCACCGCCUUCCUGCACUGGCUCGAUCAGUCCCGAACUGUUUCCUGUCGCUUAUUGUCGCCUGGACUACAACCGCGAGCUUCACGCCGAGCUGCAGCCCUACGUGUGGGAGCUGUGCACCGUGCUGGCGCUGCUCACCGCCUUCCUGCGCUGGCUCGGUCAGUCCCGAACUGUUUCCUGUCGCUUAUUGUCGCCUGGAAUACAACCGCGAGCUGCACACCGAGCUGCAGCCCUACGUGUGGGAGCUGUGCGCCGUGCUGGCGCCGCGCACCGCCUUCCUGCCCUGGCUCGGUCAGUCCCGAACUGUUUCCUGUCGCUUAUUGUCGCCUGGACUACAACCGCGAGCUUCACGCCGAGCUGCAGCCCUACGUGUGGGAGCUGUGCGCCGUGCUGGCGCUGCUCACCGCCUUCCUGCGCUGGCUCGGUCAGUCCCGCACUGUUUCCUGUCGCUUAUUGUCGCCUGGACUACAACCGCGAGCUGCACGCCGAGCUGCAGCCCUACGUGUGGGAGCUGUGCGCCGUGCUGGCGCUACUCACCGCGUUCCUGCACUGGCUCGGUCAGUCCCGAACUGUUUCCUGUCGCUUAUUGUCGCCUGGACUACAACCGCGAGCUUCACGCCGAGCUGCAGCCCUACGUGUGGGAGCUGUGCACCGUGCUGGCGCUGCUCACCUCGCCUUCCUGCGCUGGUUCGGUCAGUCCCGCACUGUUUUGCUUUGUCGCCUGGAAUACAACCGCGAGCUGUACACCGAGCUGCAACCCUACGUGUGGGAGCUGUGCGCCGUGCUGGCGCUGCGCACCGCCUUCCUGCGCUGGCUCGGUCAGUCCCGCACUGUUUCCUGUCUCUUUUUAUCGCCUGGACUACAACCGCGAGCUGCACGCCGAGCUGCAGCCCUACGUGUGGGAGCUGUGCGCCGUGCUGGCGCUGCUCACCGCCUUCCUGCGCUGGCUCUGUCAGUCCCGCACUGUUUCCUGACGCUUAUUGUCGCCUGGACUACAACCGCGAGCUGUACGCCGAGCUGCAGCCCUACGUGUGGGAGCUGUGCGCCGUGCUGGCGCUGCUCACCGCCUUCCUGCGCUGGCUCGGUCAGUCCCGCACUGUUUCCUGUCGCUUAUUGUCGCCUGGACUACAACCGCGAGCUGCACGCCGAGCUGCAGCCCUACGUGUGGGAGCUGUGCGCCGUGCUGGCGCUGCUCACCGCCUUCCUGCGCUGGCUCGGUCAGUCCCGCACUGUUUCCUGUCGCUUAUUGUCGCCUGGACUACAACCGCGAGCUUCACGCCGAGCUGCAGCCCUACGUGUGGGAGCUGUGCGCCGUGCUGGCGCUGCUCACCGCCUUCCUGCGCUGGCUCGAUCAGUCCCGCACUGUUUCCUGUCGCUUAUUGUCGCCUGGACUACAACCGCGAGCUGCACGCCGAGCUGCAGCCCUGCGUGUGGGAGCUGUGCGCCGUGCUGGCGCUGCUCACCGCGUUCCUGCGCUGGCUCGGUCAGUCCCGCACUGUUUCCUGUCGCUUAUUGUCGCCUCGACUAUGACCGCGAGCUGCACGCCGAGCUGCAGCCCUACGUGUGGGCGCUGUGCGCCGUGCUGGCGCCGCUCACCGCCUUCCUGCGCUGGCUCGGUCAGUCCCGCACUGUUUCCUGUCGCUUAUUGUCGCCUGGACUACAACCGCGAGCUGCACGCCGAGCUGCAGCCCUACGUGUGGGAGCUGUGCGCCGUGCUGGCGCUGCUCACCGCCUUCCUGCGCUGGCUCGUCCCGCACUGUUUCCUGACGCUUAUUAUCGCCUGGACUACAACCGCGAGCUGCACGCCGAGCUGCGGCCCUACGUGUGGGAGCUGUGCGCCGUGCUGACGCUGCUCACCGCGUUCCUGCGCAGGCUCAGCCAGUCCCGCACUGUUUCCUGUCGCUUAUUGUCGCCUGGACUACAACCGCGACCUCCAGCCCUACGUGUGGGAGCUGUGCGCCGUGCUGGCGCUGCUCACCGCGUUCCUUCGCUGGACAGGAAACAGUCCCGUACUGUUUCCUGUCGCUUAUUGUCGCCUGGACUACAACCGCGAGCUGCACGCCGAGCUGCAGCCCUACGUGUGGGAGCUGUGCACCGUGCUGGCGCUGUUUCCUCACCGCGUUCUUGCGCUGGAUCGGACAGUCCCGUACUGUUUCCUGUCGCUUAUUGUCGCCUGGACUAUAACCGCGAGCUGCACGCCGAGCUGCACCCCUACGUGUGGGAGCUGUGCUCCGUGCUGGCGCUGCGCACCGCCUUCCUGCGCUGGCUCGAACUGGGCAAAUUCCCUUCAAAUAUAACUGCCAAUACACAAGGAAGUUACACAUGGUUCUCGAAGGGUUGGCGCGAAGCGUUCGAGAGUGGUGCUCAAGAGCCCUGGGUGUUCCGGGGCGGGUUGACAGCGGACUUGCGGAGGCUUCUUCCGAUCGAGUGCACCGGAGAUGUUCUAAGACCACAGACCAUACUCAAUGGACUGCCGCUCACUAUUCGACCUUAUACGCCCGCCGAUGAAGAAGCGGUAUCGACGAUUUGCCACAAGACGUGUCGCGACGGCUCCGACUGUUCUGACCUCUUCCCUAGCGAUCUACAAACGCUCCCAGCCGACAGGUUAGUAGCGCCGUUUUUAACCCUAGCGCCAGAGUUAUGCAUGGUCAUAGAAGACGACGAGGGUUGCUUGCCACAAGACACAGAUGGCGCUGAAGUUGACAUUGACUACACGGAGGACAAGUCCGACGCUGUACUGGACACCAAGAUUAAUGGUGUCAAGCCAGAAAUAGUUGGAUACGCAUGCGCAGCUCUUAACGCGAAAGAGUUCUACAAGAAGCAAGAGAUCGCUUGGAUUCCGGAGAUGUGUAAAAAGUAUCCCGAGGAGCUAACCGAGAGAGAAGAUCUCAGUCCGGCCGCUAAGGAGUGCAUCCGGCACUUCCACAAGUUCAGCAGCUCUCCUCGUGCUCCAGACAGUGUGGUGCGGUCACACCCUGCGUUGCUGGCGUGCUGCGUGCUGCCCGCAAUGCGGGAUCCACUGGCUCCUGCACGGCUCGUCACUUGCCUCCUAGCUGCGCUGCGUGCCAACGGAGUAAAUGGCGUCCACGCGUGUAUCAACACAACGGACCAAUACCUGCACCAGUUCUACAGUAAGCUGGGAUUCGUGGAAAUAGUUCGCGAAGAGGGAAGAGUGUUCCUUGCUCGAUCAUUCUAG